AUGGCUCCUCCUGCAAACGAUGAUGGCUAUCAGCUAUGGAAAUACUACCCUUCCAUGAUUGGAAACAUCGUGGUCGCCAGUAUCUUCGGUCUCGUUGCUUUGACGCAUUUUGGCCUUGUGGUCUUUCGAAAGCAAUGGUUUUGCAUCCCCUUGGUCAUUGGAGGAAUCUUUGAAGUAGUUGGCUAUGGCGCCAGAGCCUAUGCUCGCAGCCACACUACAGAUACAUUACCUUAUGCCAUGCAAUCACUCUUGGUCCUACUGGCACCCAUCCUCUUUGCUGCAUCGGUAUACAUGUAUCUCGGAAAAAUCAUUCGCUCUGUCGGUGGCGAGAAGCAUUGCCCUAUCCCUCUCCGCUUCCUCACAAAGACCUUCGUAGCGGGCGAUAUCGCAUGCUUCCUCGCCCAAGGAGCAGGCGGCGGUCUCCUCUCCUCUGCCAAAAAAGCCUCGAAAAUCAGUCUCGGCCAAAACAUCAUUCUCGCUGGCCUCGUUCUUCAGAUUGUCAUUUUCUUCCUCUUCAUCAUCGUGGCGGUCAAUUUCCACGUCAAGAUGAGAGGUCGUUCGAGGACUUUAGCAUCAGGUUGGCAGAGGAAACUGUUUGGUCUUUACGUCGUUAGCAUCCUCAUCGCUGUGCGAAACAUCUUUCGCGCCAUCGAAUACGGGAUGGGUGGUUCGGGCUAUCUAUUGAGCCAUGAGUGGGCUACCUUUGUGUUCGAUGCUGCUUUGAUGAUUGUUGUCAUGAUCGUCAGUCUAAGCUGGUAUCCUAAUAUUCUUGGCAAAGUGGACGCACAUCUGUCUGGUCAAGAAACGGAGCCCCAAUUGACUUUGGGAGAAUCAGGCAACAAUCUGGCAGAAAACAAGGACUCUGAGAUGGUUUGA